CGGCCGCGCGGAGCCCAGCCCAGCCCAGCCGAGCGAGCGCAGCAUCAUGGCCAGCAGCGGGUACCCGAAGCCGGACGAGAAGAGCCUGCAGGCCCUGCGGGAUGCGGCCAACCGCCUGCGCGUCCACUCCAUCCGCGCCACCUGCGCCUCCAACUCGGGCCACCCCACCUCGUGCUGCAGCGCCGCGGAGGUCAUGGCCGUCCUCUUCUUCCACGCCAUGCGCUACAAGGCCGGCCAGCCGGGCCACCCCAGCAACGACCGCUUCGUGCUCUCCAAGGGCCACGCGGCGCCGGUGCUGUACGCGGCCUGGGCCGAGGCGGGCUACAUCAGGGAGCCGGAGCUGCUGCAGCUGAGGAAGAUCGACAGUGACCUGGAGGGCCACCCGACCCCCAGGCUGCCUUUUGUGGAUGUGGCCACUGGAUCCCUGGGACAGGGCCUGGGAGCUGCCUGCGGCAUGGCCUACACAGGCAAAUACUUUGACAAGGCCAGAUACCGAGUGUACUGCCUCCUGGGUGACGGCGAAUCUUCCGAAGGCUCUGUGUGGGAAGCUUUGGCGUUUGGAUCCCACUAUCAACUGGACAACCUGGUCGCCAUCUUUGAUGUCAACCGGCUGGGGCAGAGUGAGGCAGCCCCGCUCUGCCAUGACACGGACGCCUACCGCAAGCGCUGUGAAGCCUUCGGGUGGAACACCUGUGUUGUAGAUGGCCAUGAUGUGGAGGAGUUGUGCCACGCCCUGUGGCAAGCGAGCCAGACGAAGGGGAAGCCGACAGCCAUUGUGGCCAAGACUUUCAAAGGGCGAGGAAUCCCAGGUGUGGAGGAUGGGGACAAUUGGCAUGGCAAGCCGAUUCCCAAGGACAAAGUGGACUCUGUGAUCAGCGCUAUUCAGAGCCAAAUCCAGACCAACAAAAUCUUGUCGAUCCAGCCACCUGCUGAGGACGUCCCACAAAUCAGUAUUGUAGACCUCAAGAUGCCUUCUCCGCCUGCCUACAAAAUUGGCGAAAAGAUGGCCACCCGCAAGGCUUACGGUUUGGCCCUGGCAAAACUGGGAAAUGCUAACAGUCACGUGGUGGCCUUGGAUGGUGACACCAAAAACUCCACUUUUGCAGAACUCUUCAAGCAGGCCCAUCCUGAGCGCUACAUCGAGUGUUACAUUGCAGAGCAGAACAUGGUCAGUGUGGCUCUGGGGUGUGCCGCUAGGAACCGCACCAUUGCAUUUGCCAGCACUUUUGCUGCCUUCUUCACCCGGGCCUUUGACCAUAUCCGCAUGGGGGCCAUUUCGCAGACAAACAUCAAUCUCUGUGGCUCUCACAGUGGCUGCUCUAUUGGGGAAGACGGGCCUUCUCAGAUGGCCCUGGAAGACAUAGCCAUGUUCAGAACUAUUCCAGGCUGCACUGUGUUCUACCCAAGUGACGCUGUCUCCACUGAGCAUGCUGUUUGUCUGGCUGCAAACACCAAGGGGAUAUGCUUCAUUCGAACCAGCCGCCCUGAGACUCCAAUCAUAUACUCCCAGGAGGAAAAGUUUGGAAUAGGCCAGGCCAAGGUUGUACGCAAGAGCGAUAAGGACAAGGUGACGGUUAUUGGAGCAGGCGUUACCCUCCACGAGGCUCUUGCGGCUGCUGAUGAGCUGGCCAAACAAGGCCUCCACAUCAGGGUCAUCGACCCCUUUACCAUCAAGCCUUUGGAUGCAGAGACCAUCAUCUCUAAUGCCAGAGCCACUGGGGGCCGCAUCAUCACGGUGGAGGAUCACUACAGAGAGGGCGGUAUUGGUGAAGCAGUGGCAGCGGCUGUCUCGGGAGAACCCGGCCUCCUUGUCCAGAUUCUGGCUGUCUCGGGAGUGCCUCGGAGCGGGAAGCCAGCCGAGCUCCUGGACCUGUUUGGGAUCAGUGCAAAGAACAUCGUAGCAGCUGUGAGGAGCACCUUUGCCAAUUGAUGCCACUGCCCAGCUGGGGGUGGGGGAAGGGGGGCCCUGCAGGUGUGAAAAGCGGGAGUGCCCAGAAGUGACUCUCUUAACAAACUGCACUAACUUCCCAAGCCCAAAUUACGUCCUGUUGCAAGGUGAGAAAUGCUGCUGAAGCGCUUUCCACAGGCUUGCGACCUUGUUCUGAGUGAGAAUGAAACUUUUAGGAUCUCUAAAAGUGUGCUAAAAGCGUCUCCCUCCUCUUCCUCACUAAGCCAUUCUGUUCACAUGUGCGAAGCUUAACUGGGCCCAGAAGUCUUCUGCCAAAUGGUAUGUGGACCAAACCGUGUUUGUCUUACCUGAAUUUGUUGGCUCCUGGCCCUGGAUCCGACCCUGUCUGGCGUCCGUCUCCCUCUCAGGCCUGCUGCUCCAGGGCCGUGUUUCCCCGGGCUGUCCUCUGGGGGGAGGUAAUGAUGCAGUGUUAGU